GGUACGAGCUACAGGUACUUUACAAAUCCAGUGGCCUCGUACUACCUUCAGCCUACUUUAGGUGAUGUUGAUAUAAACUUCUGUGACCUUGCAAAAUUACCGAAGCCUUUGUCUGGUUGCUUAUCCAAGAAGCAACUGGAUGAGAUCUGUCAGUGGGUACAGCAAUACAGUAAGAGUGUCGGGCAGGAUACCACAAGGAACUUUUCAACAAAAGACAAGCCAGGCACCCUACCAUUGCACCUCUACGAGUCUGCACCCCCGGAGCAACAUUCAGUUGACUUUGACGUGCUUCUCAAUGAAGACAUCCCCGUUCAACACCAAGAUACCAGCACAGCACGUAACAUUGUCAUCGCCCAGUCUACGUAUGUUGUAGUUUCCCGAAUAUACAAACCGCGUUCUGCUCCAAACAGCCCACUGUAUAUUACAAAACUAUUAGAGGAUGUGGUUGAUGACUAUGAUAGUGCUUGUCACGUAACAACUCUCUGUUACACCCAAGAUGUUGUCGAUCCUCUCCUAUUCACUACUUCGGGAGAAGAGCAUGUCAUCUCAAAAGAGGGCAUAAAGGGGUUGUGAGCAGCAUUACAGUUGUUGACAAUGAAACUGUUGAAAUAGAUGAGGGGGAGUAUUAUCUGCUCCUGGCCUUGGUGAACGGAUCCACUGACACCACCCUCUCCCAAUGA